AUGCAUCUCUCCAACGCUCUCCUCGUCGCUGGCGCCGUCGUUGCCAACGCCAAGACCAUCCGUGUUGAUGUCGGCAAAGACGGCCUCACUUUCGGCCCUAGCGGCACAAAGGCCGCUAUCGGUGACCAGAUUGAGUUUCACUACUUCCCCAAAGCGCACUCCGUGGUCCAGUCUGGCUUCAAGACCCCGUGUCAGCCUCUUUCUGGUGGCUUCGCCAGCGGCUUUGUGCCGACGGAGCCCAAGGACGCUGGUCUCUCUACCUUCACCGUCACGGUAAAGGACGACAAGCCAAUUUGGUUCUACUGUGGCCAGACUGAUCACUGCAAGAGGGGCAUGGUGGGCUCCGUCAACGCCCCAGCCACUGGCAGCACCCUCCCUGCUUUUGUUGAGCUCGCAAAAGCUUCCAACAGCACCAUCAAUCCCGCGCAGGCGCCUGUCGGCGGCAAGCUCGACAUCAAAAAGGCAGGCAGCGUCGGCACCACCUCGAUCGUCUCGAGCAAGCCCAGCAGCACCCCUGGUAGCCGCACCACGACCUACAAGACGACCUUUACCAGCAGUGGCGUCGUCGUCACGUCGGCUAUCACCGCCACUGUGCCCGCUACUAAGCCUACUGCCAAGCCCACCGUGCCCGUUGUGGUCAAUGGCGCUGCCCAGCUCGGCGCGGGUGCCCUGGCUGCUGUCGCUGCCGUUGCAAUGCUGUAA